ACUUCAAUUACCAAGUAACUAAAGAAACCUGAGAGAUGGCUUCCUCUGGUUUCAAUGCUCAACAAAUCAUCCUCUCUGUCGCAAUAGCUGCUUCUCUUUUGACACUCACUCAAGCCGCAACAGUCAUCGUCGGAGGUUCCGAGAACUGGCGGUAUGGCUACAACUACACUGAAUGGGCGGCCAACACAGCGCCCUUCUGCUUCCAGGACACCUUAGUGUUCAAAUAUGAUAACACAACAGCUCAUAGCGUUUACAUGCUGCCAAACUUGUGGAGUUACUUACAAUGCGAUUUCAGUAAAGCGAAGCUUUUGGCCAAUACGACACAAGGAGAAGGUGAUGGCUUCCGAUUUGUGUUAAACCAAUGGAGGGUUUUCUACUUGGCUUCUGGUGAAGCCAAUGACUGCAAAGAUGGGCAGAUGAAGCUGGUUGUUGUCCCUUGGCCACGUUUUUGAAAUCCUUUGAUACACAACUCACAAAUGGAAGAAACGCAGUG